AUGAGCAAGAUGCACAACACCGACUCUGAGACGGCCUCUGUCGCCUGCUCCGAGCGCUCCGGCACCUCCCGCACCGACACCCUCCUCUCCCGCACGACCUCGGAGGCAACGCUCGUCCUCGUCCGCUACGAAGGCAAGGACACGCUUGUCAACCUUCCCGACAGGACGUACAAUACGUUCGUCGAUCAGAUCGUUCGCCAUCUCCAGGGUGCGCAGGGGUACCGGACGCUGUUUGUCGAGAGGUCGUGUACGGGAGGGAGGUGGGUUACGGUGACUGAGGGAGCGUGGGAGAGGCAGUUUGAGGUUUGGGAGGACGACCUCCCGCUCUUCCGUAUCACGAUGGUUUGCCCCGCACCGGUCGCCGACAAGCACAGGACCAUCUCAAUUGCCGUCAAGACGCUCACGGGCAAGACGAUCUACGUCUCCAUUGAGUCGUGCGCUACGGUUUGGGCUUUGAAGGCUGUUUUGGAGGGGAGCGAAGGGAUGCCGCCCGGCCAGCAGCGCUUGAUCUUCGCUGGGAGACAGUUGGAGGAACGCGAGACGCUCGGCAGGUACGGGAUCACCGACGGAGCUGUCCUGCACCUGGUUCUGAGGUUGCGCGGCGACAAACCCGUCAUCUACCUCUUCCCGCCGACUCCGCUCGAUUCGGCGUCUGUCUCGCUCACCCUCGCGCCCGAGUGGCACUUCUCCGCCUUCUACCCCGUCGUCGAUCCGGUCAAGGGCGUGCAAGGCGAGACGAGCGCGAGCUGGACGACACUCGCCGCCCUUUCGCUCCACACCGCCGCGAGGAACUUCAUCGCGUACUGGCUCUCGCACUUCACCCGCAUCCGCAACGCUGGCCAGCACAUCGGCUUCCUCUUCCUCGUGCAGAGCGACUACGAGCGUGCCGCCCGCCUCGACGUCAACCCGAUGCCGGACGUCGUCACGCGUGUCUUCUUGCUCUUCAAGGGCGUCGAUGCGGAUCAGACGAGCGAGUGGAAGAAGCCGGACGAGGUCGACUGGGUCAAGAAGGUCGGCGUCCAGGUCGACAAGGUCACGGACGAUUCGCUCUUCCGCGUGCUCGAGUGGGGCGGGAUGGAGGUCGUCUAG